AUGGGAAAACAUUACUCAGAAGAGAUGUUUUUCAUAACGCUUUGGGUGCUAUGUAUGCAUGGAACAUUCACAAAAUCCAGCGUGUUCUGGGAACAUGAGACAAAGACCUAUUCCAUUGAUAUUUUGGAGAUUGCCAAACCUAUAUUGAAAAAAAUAAGGUUUCAAGAGGAUUCAUCUCUGCUUAAGACACUUCUUACUUUCAGCUUAGUUGAGUCUGGAUGCGAACCCGUUAAUCGGCAGCCUGCUUUUAUCGAAGGGAUAGUGAUCGCCUCUUUAAUCUCAAUUUUCUUGCUCAUUGCAGAGUGCCGUGAUGUUCCGACCCUGGUGUGGCAGAAGACCACAAGCACGAAGAGAAGUCCUCCACCUUACUAA